AAUCGGACUAUGGUAAGCUGCUUUCAAAUGUGUCGUUUUGUGAAGUUUGGAAAGAAGGAUUCUUCAAAUGCACGUUUGUGCGUGUUACUCUGCCGGUAGAUAAAAGCAGCAGAGGAAAACAGGGGAUUGAUUGUGUUGGAGGAGAAGGAGAGAGCGAGAGAUGGUGGGGUGGGCAUCAACAACAGGGGACUGGGGGCCAGUGAUAGUGGCGGUGGGAUUGUUCAUAGUGUUGUCGCCGGGGUUGCUGUGUCAGCUGCCUGCGAGGAGGAGAGUGGUGGAGUUUGGGAACAUGACCACCAGCGGCAUCUCCAUUCUCUUUCAUUCCAUCAUCUUCUUCGCUAUUCUCACCAUCUUGCUCAUCGCCAUUGGUGUUCACAUCCACUUCUGAUCCUUCUCCUUCCCUUUUUUGCUCUUUUUUUAAUAUUAUUAUCAUCAUGUGGAUACAAAUACUCGUAACACAGUCGAGAGGAUGUAAAUGAUGUCUCGGAUCGGUUUGGAUAUACGUUAAGGGUAACCCAUAAAUAAAUGUUUCUUAGCCA